AAAAAAAUGGCAAAGCUUCAAAAUUUCUCAAAUUAAACAAUCUCUUUUAGUUAUUCCCCCUUCUUCUUCGUAAUCGCCGCCGGCUUAUGCUGUUUCCGAUUGUUAUCUCCGGUGUAUCUCCGGUGAUCUCUUCCACGACGAAUUUAUAAUUACUAUGAAGAGCAACUCCAAAAUCAACAACGGAGAUAAUCAUAAUCAAACGAAGAAUAAUGGUACUAAUGGCUUUUUGCCUAAUUCGUUAAAAUUCAUCUCUACUUGUAUCAGAACUGCUUCUUCCGGUGUUCGCUCAGCUAGCGCCUCCGUCGCUGCUUCUCUCUCUUCUGAUUCUCAUGAGCUUAAAGAUCAGGUGUUGUGGUCUUCAUUUGAUAGAUUGCAUACAAGUGAAUCGUCUUUCAAGAACGUUCUUUUACUAGGUUAUACGAACGGGUUUCAAGUUCUUGAUAUCGAUGAUGCAAGUGAUGUUACCGAAUUUGUGUCGAGGCGGGAUGAUCCGGUUACGUUUUUACAGAUGCAGCCUUUACCUGCUAAAUGUGAUGGAGUUGAAGGAUUUAGAUCAUCACAUCCUAUACUUUUAGCUGUUGCUGAUGAGGCUAAAGGUUCAGGUCCUAUUGUUACUGGUAGAGAUGGAUCGGUUAGAAAUGGUUAUGAGGAUCCUCUUGCACUCUCUCCCACGGUUGUGCGGUUCUAUUCGCUUAGAUCUCAUAACUAUGUUCAUGUUUUGAGAUUUCGAUCUACUGUUUAUAUGGUUAGAUGCAGUCCUCGGAUUGUCGCUGUUGGUCUUGGUUCGCAGAUAUACUGUUUUGAUGCUCUAACUCUUGAAAACAAAUUCAGCGUCCUGUCGUAUCCUGUACCUCAGCUUGGAAACCAAGGGAUAUCUGGGGUUAAUGUCGGAUAUGGUCCAAUGGCUGUCGGACCUAGAUGGUUAGCUUAUGCUUCCAAUAGUCCUUUGUCUUCUAGUAUAGGUCGUCUGAGCCCUCAGAAUGUUACUCCUCCUGGCAUCAGUCCAUCUACGUCUCCAAGUAAUGGUAAUCUAGUGGCAAAAUACGCUAUGGAAUCUAGUAAGAAUCUGGCAGCUGGGUUACUCAAUUUGGGUGACAUGAGUUACAAAACUAUAACUAAAUACUGUCAAGAUCUCAAGCAUGAUGGUCCUGGCCCUUCUCUUUCGUCAAGUCCUGGACGGAAAGUUGGUCGGCUUGCAUCUCAUUCCGCAGAGUCAGAUGUUGUUGGAACGGUAAUUGUCAAAGAUUUUGAGUCCCGAGCUAUUAUAGCACAAUUCAGGGCUCACACUAGUCCAAUUUCUGCUCUCUGUUUCGACCCAAGUGGCACUCUACUAGUAACAGCCUCAAUCCACGGUAACAAUAUUAACGUUUUCCGGAUUAUGCCGUCACCUAAAAAGAAUGGACAAGGUGCUCAAAGCUAUGAUUGGAGCUCCUCCCAUGUGCCUCUUUACAAACUACAUCGUGGCAUGACAUCAGCUGUAAUACAAGAUAUUUGCUUUAGUAGCUACAGUCAGUGGAUUGCAAUUGUUUCAUCUAAGGGCACCUGCCAUAUUUAUGUUUUGUCCCCGUUCGGCGGAGAAAAUGUUCUUGAAAUACGGAACUCUCAAUUCGAUGGACCAACGCUUGCUCCAACAUUGUCCCUGCCAUGGUGGUCGAGUCCGUCGUUUAUGACCACCCAUUUUUCAUAUCCACCACCAGCAUCGGUUACUCUCUCUGUGGUUAGCCGAAUUAAAUGCAACAAUUUCUUCCAUGCUGCAAGUUCCGUUGUAGGAAAACCGACCUUCCCCUCUGGCUGUCUUGCUGCUGUUUUCCAUCAAUCUGUGCCACAUGAAUCGCAGUCGUCAUCUCAUGCCUUGGACUACUUACUGGUUUACACCCCAUCAGGUCAUGUAGUUCAAUACAAACUCAUUCCAUCUCUUGGAGGAGACCAGGCUGAGAGCAAUACGCGAAAUGGAGCAACUUCUGUACUGACCUCUGAAGAGGAACUGAGAGUGAAAGUUGAACCAGUUCAGUGUUGGGAUGUCUGUCGAAGAGCUGAUUGGCCAGAGAGAGAGGAGAACAUAUGCGGGCUUACUUAUGGUGGACGAAAAAAUGCUGAGUUAAUUGUUGAUAGCUCUGAUAGUGAAGAUCAAACAAAGCCUCUGGAGAAACACCAUGUUUAUCUUGCCAAUGCAGAGGUGCUGAUAAACUCCGGAAGAAAACCAAUCUGGCAAAAUUCAGAGAUAUCUUUCUAUCCGAUGUUUCCUCCAAACUCUGAUGGCAAGAACCUGAAUUCGCAUCAAGGUGGCGGUGAGACAGAAAUCGGGAAGGUAUCUGCGAAUGAGGUUGACAUUAGGCGGAAGGAUUUGCUGCCGGUGUAUGAUAAUUUUCACAGUGUGUAUACCAGUAUGCGCAACAGAGGAUUUUCUGGGGAAAGAGAUUCAGAUUCUUCUUCUUCUUCUGAUCCCGGACAAGUUAAAGAAAUACAUCCAUUCAAUGGUAUGGCUUACCCCGAGGAUGUGGAAAGUAGAGGAAGUGCCCAUUUUGCACUAUCUCCAAACCAAAAUCCUCAUACCGGGAUUGUAACAUUUAAACAGCCUGUUGUUUCCAUUUCUUCUGCUGUGAAAGACACUGAUUAUAUAGACGAUGAUCAUCUCUUGCCAAAGAACGCCUCCCUGCCCGCUGAAACAAGAAUUGAAAACAGCAGCGGGAUAAGUGGAGAUUCAAAUGUAAGUUCUAACCGUUCUGAUAUGAGCAUGAAUGCAGCUGACGAGGGUGAAGGACCCAUUGAUGGCUCCCCAAAUUUCGAGCAGUUUUUCAAGGAGGUGAUCUCCAAUGAAACUGUUACAGAAACUGAGCAUCAGGAUGCUCCAUCUGAUCAAGGAAAACUCGAUGAAGAUGACGAGGAUGACAUGCUUGGUGGUGUUUUCGCUUUCUCCGAAGAAGGUUGAGUUUAGUUAAAUCCAUGGCCAAAGCUCUAAUGGAGAAGGGUUCACUUGCUAAUCCCGUUUGCUGCAACUUACUCACUGAUGAUCUUAAUACCCUGAAAAAAAACAUUUAAAAUCAAUUUCUUUUAUCAUCUGUUUCUGUAAAUGCUUGUAAAUGAAUUGUUCAUUAUCAA